AUGUUUACUUGGGAUGGUGCUGGUAAUCAACCUCCGAUGAUUACCAUUGCUCAACGACUCACAAAGCAAGGUCAUAAGGUGUCCGUUGCUGGCUAUGAUAGUCAGAGAAGCCGCUUUGAGAAGCGAGGAAUCCGGUUCAUUCGUAUGGAGCACACGCACGCAAUGGUGGUAGCAAGCAGCUCGACAGGACUCGAUCGAAUGAUUGAUACAGCCUGGUGUUGCACGGCACAACUGAAGGAUGUUGCUACGUUGGUAGAACGAGAACAACCUGACCGUAUUAUUGUGGACUGUAUGAUGUAUGGAGCUUUAGCUGCUGUGGAGAAGAGUGCAGAGAUGACAAAAAUCUCCUACAUCUUAGUACAUACCAUUCCUGGCGGUAUAAGCCCACCAGGUGGACAACUAGAAUCAUGGGCUAUGAGCUCUGCUAAUGAAAUGAGAAUUGCUGAGGGUCUUGAGCCUGUCAAAGAACUGUGGGAUACUUGGAAAUGGGCAGAGGGAAGAUCGGUAGGCCGAGCAUUGGUCACUAGCGUUCCUGAGUUAGAUCCACUUGCUCCUCGUCUUAGCCAUUCUCUGUACAGAUGGAUAGGUCCACAAGUAGAAGAUACACCUCCUUCUGGAUGGAUUAAUCCCUGGGCUCAAGAUGACCAACGGCCUUUUAUUUUAGUCUCCUUCAGCACAGACCCGUUCUUUGAUGGUAUAAGUAGGAUGCAGAGAACAUUGACAGCAUUAGCCGAUCAAACGAAGUACCGUGUCUUAGUUACCACUACUGUGACAUCCAUGGAGAAAAUAGAUGCUCCCAACAAUGCAAUUAUCGUUGAGCAAAUUCCACAUUCAGAAAUCCUGUCGCUCGGUGUGGAUGUUGUGGUCACUCAUGCUGGUCAUGGCACUGUAAGUAUCGCUUUGCGAUAUGGCGUACCCCUAGUAUGCCUCCCGUUUGGAGCCGAUCAACCAGUAAUAGCACAACAUGUGGAACAAAUUGGAGCAGGAAUUGCCUUAAAUGGGGAUGAAGCCACAUCUGAACAAAUUCGCGAUGCAGUGGAACGUUGUGUCAGGGACUCUUCCUUCAAAAUCCAAGCAAAGAAAAUGAGUUCAACUAUUGUUCAUGUGCUGACUGAGGGAUUCUGUAUUGAGUAA